AUGGUGACUCAAGUCUCAACAUGCGUGCAAGAGGAAAGUGGAGAGAUAGUAGUCGCUGUGUAUAAUGAAAUUAAUGAAGCUAUUAAUAUGGUACAAAGUGAAUCUCCACUUGUAUCAUCGGAAGGUUUCUCAAAGCUUUCACACGCUACGUUUAAUAACCCAAUAGGAAAAGAAACAGCAGGACAAGUGGGAGCCAUUAAAGCUAUUGUGAAUGCUAUGGAGAGGAAUCGUACCAAUGGAACUGUGCAAGAAGACGGCUGUCAUGCGCUGCGCAAUGUCGCAUUUCAUUGCUUGCCUAACUUGGUGUUAGUUCGAGAACAAGGCGCGAUUGCUGCUGUGCUUAAUGCAAUGAAGUCGCAUCCGGAAAAUGAAGCUCUUCAAGCCGAAGGCUGUUGGGCACUUUUAGUGUUCUGCACCAACACGGAGGAAAACGCUGCGGUAGCUAAGCCACAUGUGUCGCUGAUUCACAAGGCCGUUGUUGCGUUUCCUACAAACGCCGACAUCCAGAGUCGCGGUCGGUUUCUUACUGUGCUAUUUGCUUGA